AUGUCGCCCCUGAGCGGCUACCAGAUGUGGAAGGCGGGCCAGGCCAAGGCCCGUCACAAGGUCAAGAACUGGGCCGCGCGCAUCCUCACCAAGCAGGCGCGAAAGGUCCAGAACCACCUGAUCGAGCGCUGGCGCAUAUACCGCGGCGAUCAGGUCAUGGUGGUGGCGGGGAAGGAUAAGGGGCAGGUCGGGACGGUGUCCAAGGUGUACCGCAAGGAGAAUCGCUUACUGGUGGAGGGGCUGAACCUGGUGAAGAAGCACGUGAAGCGAUCGGGGGAUAACCCCGGCGGGAUCAUCACGAUGGAGGCGCCCAUCCACUACUCAAACGUCAACCUGGUGGACCCGGUCACCGGCGCGUCGGUGCGAGCCCGGACGCGGUUCCUGGACGACGGCACCAAGGUGAGGUACACCGUGGGACGGAACGCGAGCGGGAGCAUCGUCCCCAAGCCCGACGUCGCGGCGGGACGGACCAAGCCGAGGAAGACGGACGUCGGGUCGCGGGACACGGGUUGGGAACACGCGACGGCGAAUACGUACGCGCCAGCGCCGGAGAGCCGGGGGUUCUUCGGAAGCGGUAGCGCCGCGGCCGCGCGGUCGUUCGCCUCCAGCGCGCUGCGCUAA